GUGCGGUCGCAGUCAGACACCUCGCCAAGCUGUGCUCGCUGAAUGAUCUGCACCAUUUUGAACGAUGUGCCACAUUCCAAAUUUUCGUCAACAUUAGGGGCAAAAUAGCCAGGGAUUACAUUGCCUCACAUCAUUCAAAAGCAUCAUCAUUCAUAUCUUUUCAAUUCGUCUCAGAACAACUGCUCGGCGAGACAGUCUCAGUGGAACAGGGACCUCAAGCACCUUAUCUUUGGCGCAAUCUCUCCCUCACUUCUAUAGAAUACUCUAUACACAAUGUCAGCUAAGGACUACUACGGUAACCAGUCAGUUUAAAGACCUCCCUUCCAUUUUCCGUUCCUCCACAUAGAUACGGAGGAGUGUCUUUCCUCCACUGCUGAUGAGGCAGGUAGCUGACGCUAUGCCUCUCUGGCUGCUCCACCAGACAACAACAGGGAGGAUACGGUCAACCUCAAUAUGGCCAACAGCAAGGCUAUCCUCAACAACAAGGAGGAUACGGUCAACAGCAGCAAUAUUACCCACCAGCUCCUCAGGUGAGCUACAGCGACUAUGGGUCCACUCCAUUUGCCAAGCUCACUCGCUGCCCUUCCGCAGCAAUCGUAUCAACAGCCUCAACAGCGUGAGUAAUGGUUGCCUCACAGCGGAUGGACCAGUGGCAUGGCAAAAAAUUGAUGGCCUUGGCUUCGCAGAAUACUACCAGCCUCAACCUCAGCCUCAACCAGUCUAUGUCCAACAACAGCGACCACAGGGUAAUCAAGGUGGUGGUGGCUGUUGCUCGGGUUGUUUAGCCUGGUGCGUUACAUGGUUGCGACGUUUUCAAAUCAUAUACUGACUGUAUCGCCCUUCCCUCUCAUCAGCUGUGCCGGAGGUGAGUAAUCAUGGGAUCAACCUUCCAUGCCUCGCUCACAUACCUGACCCCUUGCAGCUCUGUGUUGUUGUUGUGCCGAGGAAAUGUGCUGCGACAUGAUGUUCUAAAUGUGGAUACGUCUCGGUCUUGGCAUCCAGGAAUGGCAGGGCGUCAAGGUUCAUGGACUAUGGUUGCAAGGCUUUACUGACCCCGUUAAAGCAAGAGUGGUCAUAGGAUGACGAAGGGACAGCAUGAGACAUGUAUAGUCUUGGAGCACAAGACAAGA